CUGUUUCAGAGCUGGUCUCUAGCUGACUGCGUGCUGCAGACGGCGAAGUAGCACUCGCCUUUGCCUGUCCUUUCCUGCCCGCGCGCCCGAGCCCAGCGCAUCGGCAGGCGUGAAGGCUGGGAGACGGUCCCGCUAUGAUUCGGGCAGAUCUGUGGCUGCUCCUGCCUGAGGGCGAGGUUGAUCCUCGUGCCGUGGCAGCCCUGCUCUGCGGCUCAGCCGCAGCCGUGCUGGCGCUGAGAUGGGUGGGGCAGAGGCGGAUCCAGGAGAAGAUGGAACAGGCAAGGAGGACGCGGGAUCUCGGUCUAGAACGAAUGGAAAAGGUGGCUCAGCGGUUUAAACAGCAGAACCCAAGGAUACAGGCUGGUCACAUCCUCUCCCUGCCACUUGUGGAGCUGGCUGAGAAACUGAAGGAAGGUUCCCUCUCUCCAGAGAGCGUCCUCUACACGUACAUAGAUCAGGCCUUGGAGGUGACCCGGGAGGUGAACUGUGUGACAGAUUUUAUGCAAGGCUGCGAGGAGCAACUGCGGGAAGUGCAAAGGCAGAAGGAGAGAGGGUUACUGUAUGGAGUUCCUGUCAGCAUCAAGGAUCACAUUGGCUGCAAGGGUCACGUCUCCACCGGUGGCUUGGUGCAGUUUCUCGGCAGAGUGGAGGAAGAGGACAGCGUGAUAGUCCAGGUUUUGAAGAGGCAGGGGGCGAUUCCGUUUGUGAAAACCAACGUCCCGCAGAGCAUGAUAAACUACGACUGCAGCAACUUGAUCUUCGGCCAGACGGUGAAUCCGCUGAACCACAAGAAAAGUCCCGGCGGUUCCUCUGGAGGGGAGGGGGCGCUGAUCGCCGGAGGAGGAUCCAUCCUGGGCUUUGGGACAGAUGUCGCUGGAAGCAUCCGCCUGCCGUCCAGCUUCUGCGGGUUGUGCGGACUCAAGCCAACGGGAUUCAGGCUGAGCAUCCAAGGUCUCGCCAGUCCUAUAGCCGGCAUGAAAUCAGUCACAGGAAUGGUCGGGCCAAUGGCGAGGGACGUGGACAGCCUGGCUUUGUGCAUGAAAGCGCUCCUGUGUGACGACAUGUUCCGCCUGGACCCCACCGUGCCACCCCUGCCCUUCGACGAGGAGGUGUACUCCAGUUCAGCCCCACUUCGGAUCGGGUAUUACGACGGAGAUGGCUAUUUCCAGCCUUCGCCCAGCAUGAGACGGGCUGUCCAGGAAACCAGAAAGCUUCUCCAGGAGGCAGGGCAUACGCUCAUCCCUUUUACCCCCCCUCGGAUUGAUUACGUGGUGGACGAGCUUUUCACCAGAGGCCUCUUUUCUGAUGGAGCUGCAAAUCUGUUGGACAAAUUCAAAGGGGACAUUGUGGAUCCAAACCUGAAAUCGCAGAUCAGCUCUUACCGUCUUCCCACUCUGGUGAAGAGGAUUCUGGCCCUCAUCUUAAAGCCUGUGUAUCCACGAAUCGCCAGAGAUCUGAACGCACUGUGUGGAGUGGGAUCAGCAAAAAACCUUUGGAAGCAUCAUGUUGCAGUGGCGGCUUACCGUACAGAAUUCAUUGCUAACUGGAGGGAGCUGGAGCUGAAUGUUAUGCUGUGUCCUGCUUUGGGUCCGGCGUUUAACAAGGGCUAUCCUGGGAAGCUAUUUGCUGCUAGUUCCUAUACAAAUUUAUACAACGUCUUGAACUUCCCCGCUGGGGUUCUGCCGGUCACCGUCGUCACGGAGGCUGACGAAGAAGAGCUGAAGAAUUACAGAGGGCACUACAGCGACCCCUGGGAUAAGAGACUGAGAGAGGCCGUGGAAGGAGCCAUGGGGCUGCCUGUCGCCGUUCAGUGCGUGGCUCUGCCGUGGCAGGAAGAGCUGUGUCUGCGGUUCAUGAAGGAGGUGGAGACGCUCGCCCGCAAAAGGAAGAGGAACGUGGGACCCACUGAUGAUGAUGAUGACGAUGACGCUGAUGAUUUGGACUUAUAAACCCAGUCACUUUCCUACUAAGACAUGAAAUAAUGUGAGGACACCCCUGUGAAUCGGACAGUUUCUCUUAGUGAUCAAUAAACCUCUUCAAAAGCCCCUUCUCCUCGUUAACAAUUCAAUAAAAGCCUGACUCUGUGCAAUCAGUG